GAUAUAACCCUGUCGGCCGCUGCCGCCGCGAUGACAACUCUGGCCGGAGCUGUCCCCAGGAUGAUGCGCCCCGGGGCCGGGCAGAACUAUCCCCGCAGCGGGUUCCCGCUGGAAGUCUCUACCCCUCUAGGCCAGGGCAGAGUCAAUCAGCUCGGAGGAGUGUUUAUCAAUGGCAGGCCUUUACCCAACCAUAUCCGGCACAAGAUAGUGGAGAUGGCCCACCAUGGCAUAAGGCCCUGUGUCAUCUCCCGCCAGCUGCGAGUGUCCCACGGCUGCGUCUCCAAAAUUCUCUGCAGGUACCAGGAGACGGGCUCCAUCCGGCCGGGGGCCAUCGGCGGCAGCAAGCCCAAGGUGACGACGCCGGAUGUUGAGAAGAAAAUCGAGGAAUACAAGCGGGAAAACGCGGGCAUGUUCAGCUGGGAGAUCCGGGACAAGCUGCUGAAGGACGGGGUGUGUGACCGCAACACGGUGCCGUCAGUGAGCUCCAUCAGCCGCAUCCUGCGGAGCAAGUUCGGGAAAGGCGAGGAAGAGGAGGCUGAACUGGAAAGGAAGGAGGUGGAGGACGGCGACAAGAAGGCUAAGCACAGCAUUGAUGGCAUCCUCAGUGAAAGAGCUGUUGUUUUCCGGCAGAAAACAGUGGCUUUCAGCACUCCAGUGAUGGGGUGUAGAGCUGGUCCUCGGGCCGCUGUGAGCGGGCGGUGCGGGCUGGGGCUGGGGCUGGUGCCGGGGCCGGGACCCCCCCGCCUGGCCUCAAAGGGGGCCUCUGUUCCCAGCCAGCGGAAUUGGCCCCCGGGCCCUGUCCUGGCGGAUCCUCCCCCAGUCAUGCGCACCCGUCCAAAAAGGGCCCUACUCAUCCCAAGCCUCUACCCUUGGCUGUACUGA